AUGAAAAGUGAUCAGGACUUUGGUAAUUACACAUGCGAGGCCACUAAUGAUGUUAAUACUGAAACAAGCACAGUGCAGGUGCAGCAGAUAAGUAAGUGGAAUCUCUUUUCCUUUGUUGUAUAUAAAUAAUAUAGAUUUAGCCAGGGCUAAAAGCGAGGCUCCUAUUAAUAAAUUUAUAAUUUAAAUCAAACAAUAAACUUGUAUUCAACAAUUCAGUUAACUUUAAAGCACAUUUAUGUGACUUUUGAGGGAAAGGCUAAGUGAUUCUAGAGAAAAAUAAUUUGCAAACAUCCCAAGAAUGAACCAAAUCUUACAUCCAGUUGACAGCCUCAUAUGUACACCCAAAAACUGGUAAUCAUCUUCGAUCACACUUAAGAGCCACAGUGGCUCUUGAUCACCGUAGAUUAAUUAGGCCUGGAAAAAAUUCAGGCCGAAUUUUUUGCGUUCGACAAGUUUACUUUACAAAAUCUUGCCAAUCUGGGUGCGUGUAAACCAACCUUUUAUACCAUUUGUACAUCACAUCUGAGGUGAAACAGUGCUAUGCAUUAUUUCACAAUUUUGCAAUACAAAGUGCACUCAUUAAGGACGAUGGAAGUACGCGUGGCCUUUGAGCUAAACCGUUAAAAAAUUUCCAAAAUCAUCUAUAGGGCCAUCCGGUUCUCACUUUUGUAGUGCGAGCUGUGGCGAGUGUUUGAAUGAACAUUAACAGAGUUACGCUCCAACAUAAUAAAGAAUUUAUUAUGUUUAUUUUUUAUUUUAAAAUGGUUUUACGCGCGGCAUUUUGAGGGGCGUAUGGAAAAACAGGAAUCCGGAAUUUGGAACCGGAGCCAGAAACGGAAACGGAACCGGAACCGGAACCCAAACCUAAGAAAUAAAACUUGGAGACGUUUCUGUCUUAAGAGUGUCAGUAAUAAUUGUUGCUCGAUCAAGACUUUUCAUCCCCACAUUAUAUUUAUUUAUUGUUAUUAUAUUUUUUGCUGUCGCAUUUUUUGCGUACGGCGCAAAAGUUUUCUUCGAGAAUUUCAUAUACGCGUGAGCGUUGCAACUUGGGAUCAGGAUUGACAUGAAUACUCCUCCUCCCUUUGCCGCCUUUUCCUCACAAUGGAUGAAACACGGAGCCCUUUUAAGAAAUGAGUAACUCAGGCUCAAGAGAAGGAAAUGAAUAAAACAGCGGUCUUAAACAUACACCCUAUGCAGAACGAAAAGAGACUGAGAGCGAUCAACUUGAAAACGAGGCCAGUUGGGCCUGGUAAAUAAGAAUGGCCGCCUGAUGUGAAGGGCGCCAGUUUUUGAAAAUGCCGCAAAAUUGUUGUGUUCCAAACUGUACCAAAAAGAAAUACAGAACCGAAAACGGGGAGAAAAUUUCUUACUUGAAGUUUCCAGACGACGUUAUCCUCAAAAAACGUUGGCUCCCUGCCAUUCGUCGAGACGAAGGAAAAGCGCUUAGAGUCAACCAAAACACGAAGAUCUGUUCUCGUCAUUUUAAGCCCGAGGACUUGGUUAAAGCUGUUGGAGGUCAGCGUGUUUAUGUAAAGGCAGGGGUAAUUCCAUCUCGAUUUUCGUGGUCCAAAGGUUCUCCGAAAAAGCGAGCACCUCCUAAAUGUCGCAAUCUUUCGUCUACAACAGAGUGUUCAAACAAGGAGUUGCAAUCAUCUCAAAGUCAAACAACUGCAGAUGCAGCUGAAACAACUUCUGAAACCUGUACUUCAUCAGCAGCUUUUAGUUAUCAUGAUGUGGAAGACAGCUUAAGUUCGUGUGAAGAUCAAACAGAAGAAGUUAAAAAACUUGAAGGAAUUCGAGGUUUUGAACUUGAAAAUGCGAAGUUAAAGGCUGAAAUAGAGGUAUUAAAACGCCAGAGGAGCCUUAAAGAUUCCCGCCUUUUUCAGCUACGCAAUUUUACUACCGACGAGGACAUUGCCUUUUAUACGGGAUUUCCUAAUUUAGCAACAUUUAAUGCUGUGUUGAAUUUUUAAAUACUGGAUCGAAAGGGGAAAACAUUAGGUACUGUUCAUCAAAAGAAAGAACUGUCCAAAAGGAGUUUUACGAUAGUGGAAACGAGGAACCAGAGGGAUGUACUAGCAUAGGUAGACGAAGAAGCUUAGAACCCAGAGAGGAGUUCUUCCUUGUUCUUUGCAGACUGAGAAGGGGAUUUGCAGAAAAACAUCUAGCUCACUUGUUUGGUAUUUCGCAGUCGACAGUAAGCAGAACAUUCCUUUCUUGGAUAAAUUACAUGUAUUUAAAAUUUGGUCAAGUAUCUAUAUGGCCUAAUAGGGAGGUUAUAAGAGCUACAAUGCCUGACAGCUUUAAAGAGAAAUACUCUUGCACCCGUGUAAUAAUCGAUCGUACAGAAAUUAGAUGCCAAAUGCCUUCCAGCCUUCUGUUGAAUUCCAAAUUGUUCAGCUCCUAUAAGAACCAUGUAACUCUAAAAGGCUUAGUUGGAAUUGCUCCCAGUGGAGCUAUAACUUUUAUCAGUCAGCUAUAUAGUGGAAGCAUUUCCGAUCGCGAAAUUGUUGAACUAAGUGGUUUCCUGAAGUUAGAAUUUGACAAUGGUGACACCGUGAUGGCCGAACAUUCCCCCCUUUUUAGGGUCUAAUAGCCAAAUGACAGCAGAAGAUGUUAUCAAGACUCAAGAAAUUGCUUCUGUUAGAAUACACGUUGAACGGGCCAUCAAUAAAAUCAAGAAUUUUCACUUAUGGGAUAGUGUUGUACCCCUCAGUUUGUUUGGGGUAGUAAACCAAAUGUGGAAUGUCUGUGCCUUUUUAUGUAACAUUCAGGACCCUCUUAUUUCCACUUAACACUGAGUUAGGCAGAGCUCUGAGGCACACUACAGAAUUUCGGCCAAUUUAAUAAAUGUAAACCUGCUUAUCCACCUCAGGUCAAAUAUUCUCUAAACCAACUAAAACUAAGAAUGUGAUUCGCUUGCUUUCAGUCCCAAACACUUAAAAGAUGUCAGCUUUUACACGUAGUUCUAAAGAGCUUAAAAUCAAAGAAUAAAGAAAGCUAUCUUAUUAUACAGACCAUGUUGGUUGAUACUCUGUUUUAAACAUAUAAGUUAGGUAUGAGAUACAAAAUUUCUCUUUACUCGUGCCAAGAUUAGAUUAGGGUAGUUAACCCUUCUAAUGGUCACUGAACUCCACAGAAGCUGGUGCUAUGAAAUGUUCAAAAUAGCUCUUCUUUAGGCCUUCAUUCAAUACGUCCCAGAAUUGAGGAUCAGAUGUGAUCUUCUCUAUACUCAUGCCUUUGUUAGUAUAGAUAACAAAGUCACACCAACUUGCUCCUGUAAUACCUAGUUGACCCUGUAUCUGAAAGUAGUACUGGUGCCCCCUUUUUAGCCUCGGAUUUCCAUUUACAUUUUCUGCAUAAAAAGUUUCAUCGGCCAAUGCUUCUGAAGGACUCACAUGAAAUUUAGAGUAGGGACAUUUAACCUCUACCAGCCCAAAAGGCUUGCUACAGCCUCGGUCAAUGACCUUGCCAUCUGGUGAUGCUGCUAAAAAGGGAGAGGCCAUACUGCAACAAGGCCACUUUUGAACACUGAAACUGGGUUCCUUGUUGAAAACAAUUUUUCAUAUUCUUUUAAGGCUACAGGCUCAUAGGUUUUCCCAUGUGCAGUUUGUUUGGCAGUGAAUGGUUUGGGAUGAAGCAGAUUAUUUACUAGAGUGUUAUGAUUCCUUUGCCUUUUUACAAUUGUGUGGAAAUUAGAUGCUGUAUACCGAAAUUUCCUUUCAGCCUGCCAUUCCUGUGAGGCUGCUUGUUCACUUGUUUUCUUCUCUAUGGUAUUAAGCUUUGCCUCAUCAACAAUCAAAUGAUCCAGGAGUGCUUCCUGGUUGCUGCUUAAAUCAUCUGGCUUUUCAUACUGCUCAGAUUGUUGCAAAGGGAAUGGAGGAUAUACAGAAAUAGCAUUUUGUUCAUCAUUACAGUCCACUCUAGGCACUGAGUCAAUAUUACAGAAAACUUGAAAAUUAGACUCUGUGAACUGUAGCUGGUAACUUGCAUAUGAGCCACUUGGACAUUUUCCAAAUUUUGUUUCCUGUAAGUUGGUACCACCAGUAGACAUAAUUUGAGACAAGGCAAACUUAGGGUUGAUCUCUUGGAGCUUGUUUUUUAACAAAGCUUCAUCAGAUGCUUGUGUACCCAAAUUUUUCCUAGCUUCAUACAACAAGCACCUUACUCCACUAUCAGGGUUAUACUCUGUGUCUAUAUUCGACUUUUUUACCUCAAGUUCCAUGACAGGUUGGGGCUUGAUUUUAUCUCCUCUUACAGGCCUGUGCCAUAGUUGUAAACUUGAAGUGCAUGCCUUAGCUUGUGUCAUAUCAGAUUCAUUUUCCAAGUCCUUAAUAUCUUGACAACAAUACAAACUGAACUUACAGAGUUUCAUCAUAACAGCAAGCACAUGAUUGCAAAAACCAACAGAUCCUGCUACACAUGUACACGAAGCAUAUUUAACAACUCCACUCACUAAACAAAGUGCAACUUGUAAUUUGUGGGGUGGCUCAUUUUUUUUAAAGCUAUGGUAACACAAGCAUUUGAAAUAGAAAUAUUGGUCAUCACUUGCGCAAGUUAAGUCUUUCAGGUAUUCAUCAUCAAGAAAUGUUUUUGCCUUUUCCCUGAAGCGAUGCUCCGGGGAUAUCUUCCUCCGUAAGACUCCGAGAAAGACGGCUACUUACAGAGCCAUGAGCGGCCAUAUUUCUAACACGUGUAAACAAGGCCCAACUAGCCUCGUUUUCAAGUUGAUCGCUCCCAGUCUCUUUUCGUUCUGCAUAGGGUGUAUGACAUACUAAUAAUGGCUGUUUUUCGCGGUCAAUCGGCUUCUGGUUAGUUGUAGUCUCGAUCUGUCGAAAAUUGCUCGACCUACAGCUGCAGUCACAGUUUAUGACUGCUAGGAAUAACAGUAGGAUGCACUUACCUUUUUUUUUGCAAGUCACUUUCCGAAUGUGAGUAUACCUUUGGUAUCACGAUCACUGUGCUGAAAAUUUCUCAAAACAAUGAUAACAGAGGACGCCAUCUUAAAUUUUAUUCCCAUACGGGUAUCGGGAACUGGUUUCAGUGCUUCCCAGUUUUUUGGUCUCAAUUUAAGUUCCGGUUCCGGUUCCGGUUCCGUUUCCGUUUCCGGCUCCGGUUCCGGAUUCCGGAUUCCGGCGUUUCCAUACGCCCCAUUUUGAGUACUCCUGCAAGCGACGUUCACUGAACGACUGAAAACAAUCGGCACAGCGACUAAAAUUACAAUAGAGACUACUAACAAUCAAUAAAAGAUAUAUAAUUCGGUGAAACAUAUACAGAGACAACAAUUUUCAUUCAGAAAGACAAGUAUUAAAGUGUCUCUAAAAAUCCUGAAUCUUCAAGCUUAAAGUUCAAGUUUAUGUUUUAAGCCGGUUUCCCGGUGUUUGCUUUUUUCAAAGACGAACUCGAGGCAAGAAAAUCAUUCAAAGCUUUCUUUUACAGCCAGAAUUAUAACUAACUAUUCUUUCGAACGUUUUCUUUCUAUUUGCGGUGAGAAACUGUCUAAAGGCUUUUUAAAGUUCUGUAAGACGAAGACGAACUCGAGGCAAGAAAAUCACUCAAAGCUUUCUUUUACAGCCAGAAUUAUAACUAACUAUUCUUUCGAACGUUUUCUUUCUAUUUGCGGUGAGAAACUGUCUAAAGGCUUUUUAAAGUUCUGUAAGCUUAUAUCAAACCUGAAUCAUUGUCUCAAAUCUUACAAACGUGCAUAAACUAAAUACCCGCAUAAACUACGCUCGACUUCAUUAAAUUAGAUACAAAAAACAAACAUCAAAUAACAUAAUUACUCUAGCUUACCAUUCGCGAUGCAGCUCCUGUAAGGUAUCAAGUAAGGCCAGUAUCGCUUCAGACUUUGCAACCCUCUUACUCAUCAAGCAAGGUGAAAACGAAAACGAUGCCAUCCGAAAUCUCCGGCUUUGACAAGCGACAUAUUUCUCAACCACAAACCCAAUAAACAAACUAGCCAUCAAUAACAGACGACUCCUGAUAGCAGCUUCGGCUGUCAAAGUAAACAAGAUUCAAGAUACUGCAUAAAUUUUCCGCAUGAACUCACCUGUCAAAUUUUGACCAAUCAGAGCAUAAAAAUUGAGCGUAGAGCGUGACCAACUCGUGACCAUGGUGAGAAAAGUCAAAAGCAACUGUCUUUGCUGCCUGUAACAGCUGGCUGAAUUUUUGCGUCUGAGGUCGGUUUGAAAUCAAAAUUUUAAUUAUGCGGCACGUAAACAACAACACAUUUCAUGUGAAUUAAAAAAAAAUAAACUUGAGCCUGCGAUCACUUGAAAACUAGUAACUUGUCAGCGGAUAACUUCAAAAAAUACUUGACCUCGAUGCGUCGACACCUGAGCCCGCGAUACGGUCAAGUGAUACUGGUCAGCGGGUACCCUGUUUUGACGGCUUUCAAUUGAACAUUGAUGUCCAAUAUGUGUGCAUUAUCAGUUUUCCUGUGCUCCCAAACUAGCUAGAAAGUAUGAGAUUGAACAUUGUUCACGAUCUAGUAAAACAAUUAACUGGUCAGCGGACAGCUUGCACAUAAAUAACGCCACCUCGAUGAGCUGACACAUGAGCCCGCGAUAUGGUCAUAGGAUACUGGUCAGUGGCUAUCCUGUUUUGACAGCUGUCAAUUGACCAUAUUGUGAAUGUCCUAUAUAAAAGAUGUGGACUUGCCAAGACACCCCUGAGACACCCCUCGCUUCCUUUUGCUAGUUUCCCCUACCCCACCCGUACAAUCUGUAGACGCGUACGUACGCUCGGUCAAUCACGUGACAACCAAACGAAAAGAGGUUGACCAUAUUCCAUGAGUAUGAGGCUCUGUUCCACGCGCGCUUCGCCCGCGCGGGAGCCCCGCUAUCAGUGAUUCUGUGAUUUUGCUGUUUGCGUGAUGGCUGCAAGUAUUUCUUUCCUUUUUUAAAUGCAUCAAGGUGUAUGGGGCCUUUGCAGCUAAACAGUCUCUUGGGAUAAAACCCCUUGAGCAUGGCCAAGAAAAACACCACGAUUACGUCAUUUAUAAGGCGAAUUUCCUGUCUUUCCAAAACCCACUUUGUCGUCUACGCUCUAGCAAUGGGUUUAUGUACCAUGUGACUGUUUGACUGCAAAGCGUCCGUACCUAAAUGCACGCAGUUUAAAGUUGAAAACGUAGUAAUUAUUUGCGCAAACUGCAGAAUGACAGAUGGAUGAUACUUCAUCCUAGUUGCAGGUGUUUGUAUGUUGUAGACACAACCAAACACAAAACAAGACCAAAAAGACCUAUUAAUCCACAUACCUGGAUGUUGGGUAUAUUAUAUACAGCCUUAUUGUAAUGCCUAGAAGCAUAGAGGUGGUCAUCCACCACGUAUAUUGGUUUUUAACAUUUCGUCUGUUGGUUUCACUAAGAAACACAAGUAAAUUAACAGAAGAUGAGGCUUAAUUAAAUUCGAAUUGUUUGAUUUUGGCAAUGCCCUAUUGUCACGUUGUCUUUAGUGUCCUUAUUUAAAUGCGGUAGACGUUACGCUAACAGAUUUACCGUUUACUUCUGCCCCAAGUCAAAAUCCAAGCUUUCGACAGUCAACGUCAUCAUCACCUCAGUUUUUUUUUAAUUGAUGUCAGGAUAAAGUGUCCAUCAAGUUUGCUAUAAAUCGUCCAAUGGAAUAUAUGUAGUUGGUUCGUAGUGCUUUCUAUCUUUGGGUCUUACCGAUUUAUUGUACUUGUCCAUCCUGUUCCCAUUUGUUAUGUCAUGUGUGGUUCUUUCUUUUUCUCUGUAUUUUCGUCUUGCAGCCUUUCUAUAUAACCAUCAGGUAACAAGACAAAAUGGAGCUGGGAACUAUAGUAAUAUUCUUUAGCUUUUAAUUUUAAAAUUUGGGUUCUGGCCCGGAAAGUUACAAAAACGGGUCCCUUAUUCGCACAAGUAUACAAACUGCUGACCUGCUAUUACCCCUCUAUCAUGCAUGCAUUUCUGUGGACCUAUUUGUUUCUCCUUCAGAGGCACCAGGCUCUCCGACCGUCACAGUGAAGACUGAGGCAACGUCAAUAACAGUUAGGUGGACAAAACCAGCUGUUGAUGGAGGAAGUCCUAUUACAGCAUACAGAGUGUUAAUACUGCGGGGAAGCACGAAGAUAGAAAAUAAGAAUAUUACCGAUAUGUCGGUCAAGCAUCAAGAUUUUGGAAGUCUAAACAAAAGCACAAACUACACUGUUAAGUUGUUUGCCAGAAAUUACGUGUUUGAGGGAAAAGCAACUGAAAGGAAAAUUCAGACCAAGUAUGAAGGUAUGAAAAUCUGUACUAAGAGUGCAUAUGAAUUGUAUUCAGUCAGUUGAUUUAUUUAUAUAUUUAUAUAUUUAUUUAUUUUUAUGAAUACAUAUUAGUGACGAGCACAAAGCAGCGUAUUUUUUAUUUGACGAUAAAUCCGUCAGCCCCGAAACUAAAUAUUGAACUUUAUGUGAAGCCAGAGUCCAUAAUCAUAGCCCCUUGCUACCCAGGAAUGUAGUCAUAUCAAGGUUCGUGUUUAUUACUGUUCACACCCUAGUAAUAAUUUAUAUAAAGUGAGUUCCUUUAAAUCUGGAAUGAGACAAGAACCUGUCAGAAAAAUAAAACCAUAUCACGGUCAGCAAGAUACGCAGAUGUGUGAAAUUAUGAAUAUAUGAAAAUCAUGUAUGUGAACUGUUGGGUGAAGAGUUAUAUGAAAGUAGAUCAUAGUAGUUAUAGACGCAACUUUUGCAGUUGCGAAAAGAAAGCCUGAAAAAAAAAUACUUAGCUGUUUGCCGCUCAAAAAUAUUUGCUAAAAAAAUGAUAAAAUUCGAACGCUUACACAAGUGAUUUCUCAUUAAAAAGCACUUAUUACGGAACAAAGAAAAUUAACAAACAAAACCACGACGUAGCUGGUGGACAUUAAUGCAGAAACACUGCAGUAAGGUAUAUAAACAUGAUACCCCCGGUCACCCUCAGGGCUCUCGGACAACCCGUUUACCACAUUGUUUGGUUUGUGCUGUUGAAGGCCUAAAUGAAAUAAAAGACCCUAAAUAAUGUAAUAAAGUCCUAAAUGUAAUAACAGUUUUUCUUAAAUGUAUUAAACUCUUAAGUGUGAUAACAUUCGGCCUUAAAUGUCUUGAUAACAUGCUAACGUCAUCAGUGAAGUAAGUAACACGAUUCAUGUCACGUGUCUCAGAGAGUUGAUUUUAUUUACGUUUAUACGACAUCGACUCUUUGACAUGUAAAUGGCUAUUCCAGGGGAGCGACGUUUACCUAAAAGGACCAAUUGAAGACAUGAAUUGUUUUGAUAGUAACAAAUAGAGAAAACUCUCACUUUGUUUUACAGAGCCACAUGAGUCUGACCGCUUUUGAUUUAUCUACAUUCAGAUUUAAUCCAAUCAGAAGCCAGCUGGAAACUGUCCUCGACGUCUGAUUGGUUAAUGUCUGCAUGGAAGAAUGUGAUAUCAUCAAAGGAGGUCACACAUUUGGGCUCCUUGCUGUAAUAGACAGAUUAACAAAUGACAGCGCGGCUGUAAAUGAGAGCGGAAUAGCCACGCACCACGAAGCAUGGUCCCAGGCUAGAACGGAAGGGACUGAGGCAACUUUAGUUGCUUAAUUUCUUUUGAAAUAAAGAUUCAAAUCCCUACGCAGCGAAGUUACUUAAAUUAAAUUUUAGAAUCGACGCUGUUACAAGAGUUUAAACCGACGUUUCGGCAAUGCUACCCUCCAGGGUACAAACUAUGCACAAUUAAAAAGUUCGUGCUUGAUUUUUCUCUCUGCCAUUGGUUAUCCUCGUUUUCAGACCUGCACACGUCGUCGUCACUGCUGUCGCGUUUUCAUGUCUAAAUCUGAGUAAUGUCACUUUUAGGGUAGUCCAAAAAAAGCUUUGCCGCAGAGAUUACUACAAGUGUUCUCGCUACGGUGUAGCCCUUAAAAGGGCAAAGAAAGCCUUAAGUAAUGGAAAAAAAGUAUAUUGACCAAGGCUUAAGAAGUCACGUGGGUGUUGUAAUCAGUUGGUCAUGUGGUGGACGUUGACGUGACUGGUUUUCGUGACAGAUUGAGCGAAUGAUCACGUGGCCGUUGUCAUAAUCAGUUAGUUGGUUAAUGACAUGUUACGUCAUUAAGGACGUUAGCAUGACGUCAGUGCAUUGAAGGCCGAAUGUUAUUCCACUUAAGUUUGUUGUUAAGAUGCUAUUACAUUUAGGGUCGUUUAUUACAUUUAGGUCCUCUACAUACGCAACACAAACGUACCUUCCAUUCUCUUUUGCCUUCAUAGAUAGACUUCUCCCUACUCCACCAUGCUUGUGGAGAUGGAAGUUGUUUAUUUAUGUAAUCGCCCUCACCAUGGUUACAAUACUAAGAUAAGACUAGGAUAAAAUAUACAUUUGAACAAAAUUAAUAUAUAGAUUUAGCCAGGGCUAAAAGCGAAGCUCUAGUUAAUAAAAUACGUGUAAACAAAAAAAAUUAAAUCGUGUAAUGCUAAACUGGCACGACAAUGAAAAUGGCUUCAAGACUAAUAGAUCUAAUUAGCAAAAAAACAAAUUGCACGUGCAGCACACUUUUCUUCUAAUUACCAAAAAACAAAUUUGCACGUGCAGCACGCUUUUUUGUCUUUCCCUUGCCGUUGUUUUGCACCACUACAACGCUGUUUUGUACGACUAAGACGUCAAACUUCCUAGUUACACAUUAUUUUUAUGGAGGAAUUGUCGUAUAUGCUUACCCAAUAUUUUGUUUCCUGUGUUCAUGCAAUCUGUUCGCUUUUAUUUUUCACCGCCGCUCAUUUUCGCCUUGCUGCUGGCCGCUAGCAUUUCUCAUUUUCUCACCGCGGCUUUGAAUUUCCAUGUUUUUUUCCAACGAAAUUCGUCUCCUUUGUUUUCAAUAACUCGCUCUAGCUCUUUCUCGGUUAUCCACGUUAGUGUAAACACGACUUAAUUGUUGUUUUUUCUUUCUAAAAGUCCGGGCGGCCAUGUGAUUUCCCUUCAAAUAAAACCUUGAGUUGCAUUUGGGUUGCCAUACCUGUUGAUUGAGUUAUUUUACAUUGGUAUGCCUGUGGUACGGACGGACGGUCGGGCGGUCGGUGUACGGUCACGUGAUUACCAAAUUUUCUCGGAUGGGUAGAUUACCACAUUUCCUUAGCUAUGGGGCUCCGCCCAGAAACGGUGGGGCUCUUAAAACACUAAGAAGAACAGAGCUGAGGCUGUAUAAACACUGCUAGUGCCAGUCCUGUACGGGUGUGAAACGUAGAAAAUGAAAAAGGGGACGACAGAGCAGUAGAUGUGUUUCAUGAGAAAUGUCUACGAAGAGUCCUACAAAUCCAGUGACAAGGGCAUGUCAGUACUGAAGAGCCACUAGAAAGAGCGGAGAUGAAACCUCUUAGUAAAAAGGUGAGGCAGUGUAAAUGAGCAAAUGAGACAUGAUCGGACAUACACUAAUACAGGACCAAAACAACGACUGCAACACAGCAAUGACUUGGGCACCAGAAGGAAACAAAAGAAGAGGAAAACCAAAGACCAACUGGAGGCGCAGGGUUGAAAAAGAAGGAAAGAAAGCAGGAUAGGAAUCAUGGGACGAAGUGAGACCUGGACCAUAGCAGCUAACCGAGAAAAGUGGAAAGACUCUGCGAAGGCCUUAUGUGCCAAUAGUCACAACGGAGGAUAGGUGAGGUGCCACAAGUUAACCUCUGACAAGAGUUUACCUUCACAAAAGCAGUAAGGCGAGUGGAAGAGGCUUUCAAGGUCGCCAGGUGGCCGAGCGAGCGACAAAAUCGUGACAAGUCUUUUUAAGGAAAAAAAAAAAGUCUUUCCCGCGUGUGCAUAAUCGGGACAGUGUCCCUUAAAGAUAUACGUAAAAAUUCCAGUGCUUUUCCACGUCUGACACAGUAGUGUUUUUUUUUUUUACCUCACUGUAUUUACGCAGAAUUCUUUGGCGUAUUCGAAUCGUUUUCGCCCGUCCACACGAAAUCACCAAAACAAUGGAAAUACGAUGUAUGGCAGCAUCGUUUUCAAAAAACCUACGUUUCGCCCGUUCACACGAAAACGAUAGGCUGGCGUCUUGAAAAAUCCACUCUGGGAUCCGUUUUUAAUCCACUGAAAUACCGUUUACGUGUGAGCGGAAAGCUAACCGGAGAAAAGAGACCCGUCCCUUAUCAAAAAUACCCGGUUACUUGUGGACUAGGCCUAAGGUGAGCUUAUGAAGCUUGUUUUGUGACCAGACCUCUUGUUGUAUCAACAUGAAACUCACCUUAUUCUUAUCCUUCGCCCUGUAUUGAUCUGUAUGUUAGGGGUUUCUUCGACGGGGACAGUUCCUCUAGCGAGAGUACUCCAGGACUCUGACAAAGCUUUGAUACUUUCUUCCUUUAAUUACUGGCGGCAACACAAACGUCUACAGCUCAGCUUCUUACAACAGCUAAUCACACUCUACUAACCAUCCAACUAUACAACUUAUAUAAGCAUAACGCAGGUACGUUUAGGCUUGCUGAUCAUGACAGUUACGAAAGCUAUUCCGAAUGUCUUCUAACGAAUUUCCCGUUGUUAACAAAAGUGGAAUAAACAAUCCUACAAGAAAACCAAUGAAAGCUCGACAGCUAAACCCACGAGGCUAAACCUUAAACCAAAACAGGAACUCUGAUGUAGGUAAUAAGCAAGGUCAGCAAUGGUCCCAAAACGUACCCACUUAAAAACUGACAAUCAAACUUAAUUAAACCCCAAGCUUGAUGACACUUCUGUCGACAAACCCAUUAAAAAGGUAAUAACACUCAAAACCCUGUUAACGCAUAUAUUGGUUAACCUUGAUUCUCAAACCCAAACACAACCAAACUUAAAUCACGAGAAGAACAAAGAACAAACAGAACUGUCAUCAAAAAUCCUUAUGAUAAUAAUAUCAAAAAAUAACCAGAAGACUACUUCAUAACAUGUAUUACCUGAAAUUGUCCGCAAAUAAUAGGUUAGUUUAAUAGUCGAAUUUUUUUGGCUCACAAAAAGACGUUUUUUUUUUUUUAUAAAGCCACGCCUUUAUUCGCCACUUUCAUUUCGUCUAAAUAACCCAGGCGGGUAUACAAAUUUGGGUUUGUUUAAUUUCGGAUUACAUAUUCUUCGUUAUAAUUUGUCACAAAGCGUGUCUUCAUUGAAAACGAGGUAACCUUUUAAGGAGGACAACCGUUCGCAGACUCCAAGUAACUGCAGCCUAAUUUUGCUAGGCUAUCAAUACAACUGAAAGUAAAUAAGUUUUUUUUAAACUUUGUACCAUUCAUCUUUUAACCCAGGAGUCCCUGCAGCAGCGGAGAUCACAGAUUUACCGGCUAAAACAAAGAAUGGUAACGUCACCUUAAAAUGGAAAGAAGCUGAAAACAAUGGAUCCCCUAUAACCCAGUACACUGUGUACAGAAGAACUUUCCGUGAGGAUGGCACAUCACUGAAUUGGAUCAAAAUAAAGGAAAUUACAGAUACGUCAGAUCGUAAAGUUGUUGUUAACUUGGAAAAAGGCAAAGAAUAUGAAUUUGUAGUUUCUGCUACAAACAGUUUUGGAGAAGGAGGGAAAGAAGAAAAAAAAAAUCAGGAAAAUAAAGGUGUUGGGAGGUAGGUGUAUUGAAUAUUUAUCCUUUUUUAAAAUUUCCACUAUAAAAGUAGACAUAAUGUGUGGCAUUGGACUCCGUCCAAUGGUUGUAUAAUACGUAGCGAUCUGUUUGUUGAGAAGUGUCUUUACUUCACCUUCGCCCAGUGUGACCUUGUGUACACCCAAAACAAAGGAGAAAGCGUGUAUUAGUUGUAAUCCACUGAUGAAUUGUCGCACGAUGUUAUCGGCUAUUUUGGGUCACGUGGUACGAAAUCGGACGGGUGUUAGGCAAUACACCCUAUCCGUGCAGAUAUUUGCUUUACGAUUUUUCAGUGGCAAGAAUAUGACAAAGUCAACAGAGUGCAGUCUCAUUCCAGUUUUUAUCUUCUUUAAUAAUUUAGAAUGAAAGUAGUAAAAACAAACUUAUUUUGUUUAAUCCAGUUUCACUAAAAUACAGAGAAAUCAAUAAAAUAAGCUAUGAAUCGAAGAUGAGCAAAAUGUUCGAAUUGAGCUUUAUAUUUAUGCAUUUGAACAGAAACCUGAAUACUGUGUUUUUAUGGAAAAGAAUACUUCCAGUGUUUACGAAGAUAAGCCUUUUUUGUUACAUUCAGCAUGGAGAAAAGAGAGAAAAAAGCGUAGCGGGACAUGAAAACGAUUAAUUGAUCGAGUCGUACAGUGCGCAGCCAACUAGAGCAUCAGUUUGAGUCAUCUCCGAUUAUCAAGUGAUUUAUAACUAUGGAAAAUUCCGGUCAGUUCAACCUGUUCUUACAGCUGGGCCUCAUAAUUAGUUCUUCUUCCUUUUCUUUCUAUGACUUCCUCAGGUUCCACCAUCCACAGCAACGUACAAAUCCAGGUUUUGACAGCAGCUCACUAAUGUAAAUCCUUCAAAUGCUCGAGGUUUUUCAGUUUCUGUGUUUCAUACUUUUGAUAACUUUUCUAGCCCUUGCAGCAGCAGUUAGUGAUAUGGUUGGAUUCUCUUUACUUAUCCAAACGCUGUUUUUCGAGUUUUGAUAUUUGGGGCGUUUCAAGAGUGCAUUUGACAUGACAGCCAGUCAAGCCCUGGUCCAAUCACAGUUUCAUUAAAAAAAAAUCAACCAAUCAAUGUGCUUGUUUGCGUCAUUCGCAAUAUAGUAAAAUUUGAAUUAUAAUAAUAAAAAUUAAAAAAAAUAGAUAAAAAAUUUCUGUGUUAAAAAUAAAACAAUUUAGAAACAUAAUUACAAUAUCAAGAAGGAUUGUAUGCUAGUCUAAAAAAGUAAGUCGUUAACUUUGAUUUGAAAACAGUCAGAGUUGUACUUUGUGGUGUUUCACGAGGGGGGUUGUUCCAAAGAAGAAGGUCCUGAGUGUGCGAAGGCGCGAUCACCAAAUGCCUUGUGGUUAGCUCUAGGAACAGCAAAAAGGUUAUGUUCGUUUGAACGCAGCAGCAUUCAGUACUUUUUGAAGAUCAGAUUGGUUUUUAAAGGCGACAUAAAGAAAAGAAUCAGUGCAGUAGUCCUAUUAUCGUAUAUCGGAUGAUAAUGCCCUCGGCUAAGAGAUUGUCCUCAAAAUUUUAUAUUUGCCCGAGAAGCAAAUGUUUAUCUCUCAGCCGUGGGCAUUGUCCUCCGAUACACUAGCCACCGGGAGAGGUUUAUUUACUGAAUAAUACACGCCUUUGCCUUUAGCCUACCCUUUCCCAGCUACUUCCGCUGCCUCCAUCCAUCGAUGAGGCUUCGCUUGUUCCAGAAAAAAAAACAACAACAACAACAACAACCUGCUUUGCUACAUACCGGUACCUACAUGUUUGUCGAUCAUAAGUCUAAAAGACUUAAGUCUAUGGAUUUUAUUGUGUCGUGUUCUAAGUGAAUCUGUUUAGUGCUUUCGAGACGACUUUAUUACCCGAUAAUGUUGUGCGAAAUGAAUGUCCAAUGAAAAUUAUUUGCAAAAGAGUAUGAAAGAACACUAAUCUUUGAUCGAAGUGAAGGACUAAACAAUACAUUGAGACAGUAUUAAGCGUUUAUCAUGAUAGCGUAGCCAGAGUAGUAGGGAGAUCGAGAGCCAAAUACGGGUAGAUAUGUUUUUCACAACUGGCAAUGCAUUAUCAAAGUCUUAAUUGUACCGUUUUUCAAUUUAUUUUUAACAUCAGCUAUGCGCAAAAGUAGUACUCUAGUUAUUUAAGGGAGAACGAGUAAAAACUUUGAAAGGAAAAUUAACAGCUCUGUGGCAUUUCUUUGUGCGUAAGGUGUGCCGUCAGCAGUGGCCUUCACAUACGAAUUAAAAGCUGAUAAAAUAACCUUGAAGUGGGAGGAACCAAACAACAACGGAGCAGAAAUCACAAUGUAUACUGUGUACCAUGGAACCCAAAGUGAUGAGCAAUGGAAGGAGACUGAAAAUAUAACUGAUGUCUCAAAACGUAAAUAUGUUGUGAAAGUCGAAAUGGGCCAGAAGUAUAAAGUACUGGUAACAGCAAGCAACAAGUAUGGAGAGAGUUCAAAGGAAGGCAAGAUGCAACGUGUCGACAUACCGGAAGGUGGGUUAAGCUCAAGUUUAACUGAAAGAGUGUAUCUCAGGGAAAUACAUAGUAGAUCACUAUACACAGUAGAUAGUUCAGUGGUGUUCACUAUACACCUUUUUAGCUUGUAGGUUUUGUUUUCACUUUUCAGACCACGUGAUGUUUCCCCAGAUAAUUCUUUCUUUUAAAUGUUUAACGGUAAUCCUUACAGAUGUUAAAGCCGUUUUCGCGCUAGAGACGGAACAUCUCUAGUGUAAAAACGGCUGAUAAAAACCAGUUCCCUACAGUGGCAAAAUCCACUGACAGCUUUCAAGCUUCGUGCGCGUAUCGCAGCCAUUGGCCGUAUUCACACUAGAGACGAAUUGUCCGUCUGAGGCGGGUUUUGAAGAUGGAUUAACCGUCUCAGACGGAUCAUCCGUCUCUAGUGUCAAAACGGCCUUUGUGUGCUAUUCAAUUUAAAUCAAUGCAGGGAAAAAUUAAUUGUAGAUAAAACGCUGUUCAUAAAAGCUAGUAGUCAGUAACUCCAACUUUGCGACAAUGCUACCUUUAUUGAUCCAUUGAACCAUUCAUGAAAUGUGAAUCGCUCAUGCUUUGUAGGCCAGGCAGUUAAUACUAAUAUAGGAUUAUUAAAUACGACUAGAAUCAUUAAGUAAGUAACUUAGGAAAUAAUAGCAAGACUGGCCGUCCGGUGGAGAAUGUCAAAAGGAGUUAUAAAUAAUUUGUUAGCGCUCAAAAAGCAACCCUCGCGGCACUGAAUGUUGCCUUCUGAGAAUGUGAAUUUGACUACCGUUACAAGAAGUUUCAUUUGAAAAUAACCAAAUGAACAGGUUUAACGGUAAAUCAUUUCUUUGUAACACGUUAGAAUCAUAUGAUAGUAUUCUUUAAUAUUUUUCUCAGGUCCCUCUAAACCAACAGGACGCCAAACAGGUGAGUUGCUGUUACUCAUAAAGGCGGAAAGAGAACCAUGGUUAAACUGCACUUGAGUCUCACCAGCAUCAGUGCCAUACCUCUCUUGCUUCAGUGAAAUCAGAAACGCUUGAAGGGUAACAAAUGCAAUAUAAUAAAAUAUAGACGGUUCAGAGGUCAUUGGAUACUAUGGGCGCUUUCCAUUCAACCCAAAAGUCCGGAAAUUUCGGUUGGUUCAUCAAAUGGAACGGACCAUUUCGGUUUGGUCCGACCAGAAUAUUCGGGACCAGCUUUGAAGGUGGUCCACUGUGACCGGUCUGGUCAUUUCGGUCGGUGGGACCGAAAUGUCCGUUUCCAUUUGCCAAAAUUGUUGUCCCCAGUACCGUUCUUUUCUAUCCUGCUUAAGGAACAAGUAGUUUCCAAUGGAAAGCGAAGUGCUGUGAGUAAAGCAUGACAUCUCAAAUAGUUUGAAACCUGGUUUGAAUCAGUUGCAAUUUUUUUCGAUUUUUUGAUAUUUGCCAUUAACAGUGUCAAAUAACUGACGCAACAGGACACGUAGGUGAAAAAAAGUGUGUGUAAUCAAGCUACAAUUGUAAAAGUCCGUGAGAAUCAGCGUAUUAUUUGUCUGCAACCUGUCGACGAUAUUUAACUAAAGCAAUUUAUCAAUUAAGCUGAAAUGAAUACAACAAAGCCUGGCUGAAUACAAAUAUAUGUUGGCCAAAACACCGAAUUUAUUUACCGUACAGUUCCAGGAAUUGCUUCGAAUCGUUCGAAUAUUCUGAGAAACGUAUCGCUUCAAUUCACAAGAAUUUUUUGCCUUCACUUGCAUUCAUAGGCUUUCUACACGAAAUAGGAUUCCUCCACCUUUAGUUUUGCACCGCAACUUUUCGACAGUCGAGUGUUCUUUAAUAUAAACAGUAUUUACUUUUCUCUUUUAGAGCGUAAUUAUGAGUGUGCUGCGAAGCCACAAUAACAAAACGCGCGGUGGCUUUUGUCGGGUCUGUGCAACCGAAAUGUACCGUUCCAUUGAGCACGUGAAGUUUCCGAAAUUUCAAACCGCAAUUUUUGUUGAAUGGAAAGCGCGCUAUAUCUUCUGUAUCCUCUCUUUCUACUUGUAGCAUUAGGAUAGUGCAUCUGUAUCUGUCGCUGCGCUAUUGCCGUGACAAUUAACAGCAACCAUUUCGUUUUAGGUUCCUCGUGUGGUAAUCAAAAGGAAAUCCUUCAUGCCGUUUAUAUCACCAUCAUCUGUCUUUUGUUAAUAAGUAAUCUUAUUCUGAUAUUCGUCAUCUGCCGAAUGCGCACCCGUUCAGGUAAGUAAGUUUUUGUACCAAACGCAUUUGUCUUUUUCUUAUUGAAUUCGCCACGGUGACUCAACAUGCUGACAGUAGAUGAUACAGGACUUAAGUCCCAAUUGGUAUCAACCCCUUCAUGACCCAUCCAGCAGUUGGUAUAAGCCCAGUUUCUUUCUCAAGGCUUUAAGAUUUUUUCAAUUCUUAGAACAUCGUUUCGCUUUAAUACUGGAUUUUAGAGGCUCUUUCCAAUUUUCGUUCAAACUAUAGAGUAUCAGAUGCAGGGUGAAUGCGGCCAUAAUUUCGUAUGUUACGUUAUCACUAGGGUUAUUAAAAGAAAAAGACAAACUGGAUGUAUGAAAUCCCUGAAAGGCUUGGUAAUUGCUGCGAGGACUAAAGAUACUCACAUCUUGUAUUUUGUAUUGAGCUCCAGAGAUAUAUCAAUAACUAGUUGUCAAAGUGUUUACAAACUGAACAAGUCUGAACAUAUUUUUGUUUCAGAAAAAUCACAGGAGAGAAAGUAAGUAACUUUCCUUAUUAUUAUUAUCAUUAUAGUUUUCUCGGAUUCAUCGCCCCGGCGAAAAUAUGGAGAGAUGAUGUAUGCCGUUUUUCGGCAAAAAAGUUGUUUAGGAAGAAUUUAGCUAUACCACAGACACUAACGCUACAAUUUGCACCAAACCACGUGACUUACCGAUGUUUUACCUUACCGUGGGAUGUAGGGAUGUACUUUAUGUUUCCGGAAUGGUAGGAAUCCAAAAUAAAAGUUGAGUCUUACAUCUAUUAUAAAUCUUUUAACUUUACCAUUCCCUUCGUCACCAGUAUCGGGGUGUUAAAGUCCAGUCUCAACAAAGAUUUUUUUUAUAACAAGGGUAAUAUCAUAGACAAUUAAAGGUUCUGUGACUUACAGGUAGGUCGAGAAAAGCUUAUAGCGUCUUGCUGGCACAAAUUUGAGACUAAACGUUUUUAAGUACUGUUUACUUUCUUGUCAACAGAAAUUGUCCAAGAUGCGGAGAUCUUCUAGCGAUGGCAAGUUAAUACGUUAUUGCUAAGAGCAUUUGUACACGGUAUGGAAUUUUGGGCGCGAUGAAAAUGAAUCAGUGGGGGUGGGGUGGAUGGAGUGAAGGUGGGAAUAGAAAAACCACUGUCUUUUUGCCUUGUCAAGCUCUAUAUUUUAACCCGAGAUGCGCCUACGCCUAGCCUUAGGUCAUGAAAUAAGCCAGAGCAAAGCCAAGUAUUGUUGCCUGGAGAAUAUAUUUCUGAGGUUCUCUUCUCUUUUUUUUAGCGAUUGACGGAAAGCUUGAUUGGACGCUCCCUAUGAAACUUGAACUAAGAACAUUUCUUUACGAUAUUUGCCAUUUAUGAUAUUUAAAACAAAGAGUUGAACAGCGUACUUAUUCAUUUGAUUCAGUCAAUCAUUUGUCAAUCACUUUAAUUGUAUGGUUUACUGGCCUUAUUAAAAAAGGCACUUUUCAGUUGAACGUUGUUGUUUUACUGCUGAAUCUUGUCUCACAAUGUUUGACAAUAGAAUCCCAUUGCUGUUAAAGUAGGGGCUGAUACACAAUCCUUCGAUGUGGAGCAAACGUUUGAAGCCCCGACCUAUGCAUCCACAGCAAGUGCAGAUUACAUGCCACUUCAUCCCUCAACGAGAAGCUGGGAGAUCAGUCGCAGACAGGUCAACAUAGUUAAAGUCAUUGGCAAAGGGGCUUUUUCACAAGUUGCAAGGGCGACAGUAAACGGCAUGCGUGGAAGCCAGGAUAACUUGACAGUAGCAGUAAAAAUGCUUAAAGGUGUAGUGUAAUUUAGUGUACUAUAUCUAAUAAAUGGAGAUUUGGGUAAGGUUGAGUCCAAAGGUAUGUCAAUACACUAUACUUAAAAGGCAUCUCGUUCAAUUGGAUGGUUUCGAUGCAAACAAAACAAAAAAGGCCAAGUGGACAGAGAACACUGAAAAAAGCUCACUGCAGCAAAACGAUUACCGUAAUAAAAUAAUAUAAAAAACUGAGAAAUUUUUUUUGGUUCUUGUUUUUAGCAAAUGCUCCAGCUUCAGAUAAAAAGGACCUUCUGUCAGAACUUGACGUGAUGAAAAAACUAAAACCUCAUCCCCACGUGAUCAAGCUGUUGGGCUGUGUCACAGAAACCGGUAAGCGAUGUGUGAAAAGAGUAACGUUUCAGUUUCUUAAAAUUUGUGGCAUAUAAGAUUUCCUGGGGAUGAUCAUACUUCCAAUGAUUCGAAUGAUAGAGCGUUUUAAAUAAUAUGGCCAGAAGUUAUAGGAACACGUUAAUUAGAAUAAAAGCAAACGUUUACAUAACAGAAGUAUUCAAUUAUUCCCAUGGAACAAGUUUGGUACACCAACGUGGCCGCCGUUCCAUUGUUUUGGAACACAGUGUGUUCUCCAUGGUGUAUGCCAUGUGGAACAAUUUAAUAGGCAGAUCAUAUUAGAAUGGAUAUAUCACUGAGUUGAACAAAGUCAAACAAAGAGAACUAUUAUUCCAUAAGUUGAAGUAGAUAACUUUAAUAGCUUACUUAUAAACUAAUAGAAAUGUCAGUAAAUUGAUUUCCAAAUGAACAUAUGACUUGCUACAUUUUUUAAGUAUGUUUGAAAGAAAUAUUGCAAGGUUUCAAAGAAAAUGAAAUAAUGUUGCGGUUAAACCAGUUGAAAUUUAUGUGCACACUGAGGGGACCAUAGAAAGUGUCCGUAUUAGUUGAGGGUUUUCUUUCCCCAGGGACAAAGCAAACUGCCCGUAAAAAAAUGUGGAUGUCUAUAAAGCGGGGUUUCACCGCAACUCAUGGCUUUUUAUUUUCGGCCUUCGCUUCUGUUCCCUAAAUUGCAUCAAACCUGCAAUGAUCAUACCUCCAGUUAGAUUUUGUACUGUGGCAGUUCACAUAAUCUUCAUUGAAAGGUACUAACUUCAUUCUAUGUCCCUUCGUGCGAACAAAAUCAUUAAUAUUUGCUCGGAGAGUAGGUUGGAGAAUUUUCUAAUGAUAUGUCAUAAGUAGGAACUCAGGUUUGAAGAUUUUCUUAUUAUAUUGGUUACCAUAGAGCCCUUGUUGGUUUUAAUUGAGUAUGUCCCGUACGGUGACCUACUGGGCUAUUUGAGGAAGAGUCGAGGACUAAACGACACGUACUUUAAGGACCCGGAUAUGAAGCCACAGACCAAUCUUUCAGCAGAACAGUUAAUGAAAUUCGCUUGGCAGGUCGCAGAUGGAAUGUGUUACUUAUCCUCAAAAAAGGUUUGCUUUAAAUGUGAUUUCAACUAGAAGUAAUAAUUUGACUUGAGAACUGAUAUUGGAACUGAAAGAUAUUAUAUUAUUGACAUUUAUCUACAAGAUAAACCUUUAUGGAACAUACAAUUGAGCACUCACGGCUUAAUUAGAAGCUUAAGUGUUAGUCUUACAAACCUUGCCCAAUUCUAAACAAAACAUAUGCUCAACUAAUGAAUAUCACGUAAUGAAUAUAUAAAUUUCAAAUAAAUCUACUAAAAAACUUAGAUAAAGAUGUGGCCCGAGAUACCUAUCCCGUGGGUGUGAAGGGUCCGAGCUCGUUGUGUGAGUUUGUGACCAGCAGCUCAUGUGGUCAUUUGUACCAGUCUUUUCUGAACAAGCUGAACGAGGUGCUCCACUUGCGUUCCUCGUCAUAUCCAAUAUAUUGAGUGAGAGGUGUAAUAGGAGCAGUCCUAAUAGAGACUACUCUAUUAGGCGAGUAUGAAAGAAACACAGAGUUUCGAAGGCGAACAAGGAGGUAAAAUCUCACGAAAUCUCACAUUAGGCACCACGGGAAACUUACGCCAGGCGUAGCGGAAUCAGGAGGAUCUUUGUCUUGCUAAUAACUUUCUCUAGCAAUGACCUUUCUUGGCGGUUACUCAAAAUAGAGCAAAAAAGUACCAUCGCAUCUUUUUUCCUCAAAUUAGUACAAAAUGGUUUCCUCUAUCGUCUCCAGCAACUAACAAUUUUAAAUUCAGGGUGUGGUUUGUAAAAAAAAAAAAGACCUUCUUUCCGUAUUAGAUAGGAUUCCUUUUUUCUAUAUUAAGCGAUUGCCUUCAACGAACUGUCAUGAUAAAAAAUUAUGAAAUUAACUGGCCUCUUCAGAUGAGCCCGGUUGCCGGGACCAAUUCCGCCUUGGGUUCAAAUGUGAAAUUUAAGCCCGGUUUCCAAAAUCCUGGUUGGAAAAACCGCGCGCGAGAUCUGGGGAACCGAGCCAGCCCACCCUCUCAUAUGAACACAUUGAAGUUAGAGGUAAAUAAGCGAGAUCUUGGAAACCGGGCCCAUGUGAGGAGGCCCUAAGCACAGCUUUGAAAAGAAUAUUAUUUUUAUCUUGAUUCGAUUUUUGAAAAAGCCCUUAUAAAAAUUUUUUGUCAUGUAGAUUAUCCAUCGUGACUUGGCUGCAAGAAAUGUUCUGGUUGGUGAAGGAGAGAAAUGUAAGGUGACAGAUUUUGGAAUGGCAAGGGAUGUGCAUCAAGAAGACAUCUACAACAAAACGAGUCGCGUGAGUUCAACUGAGCACACCGUUUAAUUUUAAAUCAUGUUGGGUUUUAUCACAAAAUUGCGUGGAAUAAUAAUAAUAAUAACUUUAUUUCUAUAGCGCUCUUAUCCUAUGUUCAAGGCGCUUAACAGCCAUGUAAACAACAUUAUUGAAAAAUAUUUACAAAUUUACUACCAUAUCCUAAUAUAUUUACAAUGGAUAAAAAAGGAAAAAAUUAAAACUAAAAGAACUAUUAAACCAUAUUCAUAAUGGUAAAAAAAGAGAAAAAAUUAAAACUAACGCAAUGUAUACAAAUCUAUAAAAGCAAUGAUCCGUUAUCACUGAAUUUAGUAAGCAAGUACGUCUUAAGUGAUCUUUUAAAACUCGAGAUGGUGUUGGACUUCCGAAUUUCAUAGGGUAUUAAGUUCCAUUCUCUUGGUGCGUGAACAGCGAAUGCUCUAUCUCCGUAGGUCUUGGUAUAAGAUCUAGGUUGCACUAAAAGUUCAUUACUAACAGACCUCAAUGAUCUAGAAUGAGAACGAUAAUGUAGUUUUUGAGCUAAAUAGCUAGGCGAUGUCCCAUUCAGUGAUUUAUACACGACGAGCAGAAUCUUGAAAAUAAUACGAUAUUGAAUCGGUAGCCAGUGAAGCUCACACAAAACAGGUGUGAUAUGCUGAAACUUACUCACUUGCAACACAACUCUAGCCGCCGUGUUUUGUACAUACUGCAAUCUUUGUAACUGAUACUUAGGUAGGCCGUAUAAUAAUGCAUUACAGUAAUCUAGUUUCGAUGUGACAAAUGCAUGAACAGCAACUUCUGCUGAUUCUUUAGUGAAAUACUUCCUAAUUCUAGAUAGGUUCCUGAGAUGAUAAAAUGAUGAUCUACAGAUGCUAGACACAUGUGCAUGAAAAGACAUGUGCUCAUCAAAGAUAACACCAAGACUCCUAGCCGACUGAGAGGCAGCCACGCUCUCAUUACCAACACAUCAGGACUGAAAGGAUGGAGAGGGACGAUUCUUUGAGUGGAUAAGCAUGACCUCCGUCUUGUCGUGGUUUAGCUUCAAUUCGUUGAGAUCCAUCCAGCGACAUAUUGCAGAAUGCAAAGUAUAACUGAGUAUCGUCAUCGAACAGAUGAUAAUCUAAGCCAUAAGAUCUUAUCACUUUAGCAAGUGGCGCAGUAUACAGAAGGUAGAGAACAGGUCCAAGAACUGAACCUUGGGGAACACCCAAAGGGAAGAUCUCGUACCGUAGAAUUCGCCUGUAGUCAGGGGCUCAAAAUUGCUACUUUGAAACUCCAGUAUCCUUAGCGGCGUUUAAAAAGUUGCUGAGAAAGUAAAAACAAUCAAAACAUCGUCAUAAGGGCGGAAAUUAAAUUUUAAAAAAAUAUAUUAUUGAUUCUAAUUUGAUUGUUUUGUAAGGGGCGUCUGCCAGUGAAAUGGACUGCUUAUGAAUCGUUGAUGUAUGGAACAUACACUACACAGAGUGAUGUGUAAGUAUUUUUUGUAUUAAAGUCAACAUUUUUUUCACGUUAAGCAUGUAGAAUGUUGUCUUUUCCGAUGGGUCACAAGGCUUUCGUCUGUCUCUUUUAUGCCUAAAAAGAAAGGUAUGUUACGUUCAAUAAUUAAACUUCAACGAUAAUUAUCUCAACAAAAUGAAAGACAAGUUCAAAGGUGACUGUAGCUUUUAGAAAGCCGGUGCACAAGCCUUCUCUUUAUCAUUUUAGUUAGUUAUUUCUGCUGACGCUGAUUGUUUUGUUCUAGCUGGAGUUAUGGCGUCGUACUUUACGAGAUUCUUACUGUUGGUGAGUUGGGAAAAUUGUUCAUUCUGAUAUUUUGUUGUGCACUCUAUUUUGUUCUUGUUUUUCAUGGUUCGUAAUAGAUAGAACAGAUACAAAAUAAAACAAAAGCAAACCUCCAUGUACCUUAAUGUCAAUAAUCAUAUCGGAAUGAUUGAGCAAACAAACAAACAAUGCUUGAUCGGUUUUUAUUAUCUUUUUAAAUAAUAUUGUGUACUGUUCUUUUGAGAAACAAAACAUUCCAAAACUCAGAGCCAAGGUUUACCAAUUCGAGUUAAUAUUAGUUUUUUUCAAAUCGCGUAAACUUCCCUUAUAUGUUUUCGCUAGUACAGAAAAACAUUUCUUUCCGUUAUGUACUCUUCUUGCUAGUAUAGCUUUAUCUCUUCCAGGAGGAUCUCCAUAUCCGGAUAUAAAUGCCCGUAAAAUCGCCCAGAAACUUCAGGAAGGAUACAGAAUGCCAAAACCAAAACACGUUGAGAUUAAACUGUGAGUUAUAAUACGAGUAGGGAAAAGAAAGUUCUAAGAAGUGAAAAAAAUUAUGAGUACGGAUUCAGUUCCAAAAAUCAGUAGCCAUGCUAUGACUAUUAGGUUUCCGUAACUGUUCCUGCGUAUUCAGAUCCUCAGAAAUAAGUGGGGCCCCGCUCAUCCAGAGCCUAAUAUUAGAGGGGAACCGGCCUCGUCAAAAAUAUUUAUCAGCCCUCCGGGGGGUUAAAUUCGACCAGAAAUAAUCGGGUUCCAGGCUCCUCCCCUAGUUUGGUUAGUGAUGUAGCGAUGGGUAAUAUGUUUUUCUCGAUUAGCUAUCAGAUUAUGCUUGACUGUUGGAGGGAAAACCCAUUGGAUCGUCCUACGUUUGAAAGACUGAGGUACACAAUGAAGGAGAUGGAGAGAAAUCAUAAGGUAAGAAGAGUAAGAACUUAAUCUAAAAGGGAGAAACAGUCAUGGAUACAGAAGGUUCAUUUAGGGAAGAAGUUAAUCAUUGUUCAAGGGCUGAAGCUGAGAGGUGCCUGUAGCACUUCCCUCCCCCUCUUUCAUCUCAGUAAGAGACUGAUUCAAUAUUAAAUUGAUUGUUGUUUUGCUUUCAUUUUUCAUUCCGCUUGGUUUCCUCUGAAGCAGUUAACUUCAGUUGAAACUUCUAUCCGUUACACUACAUGCAUUACUGACCACAGUACUGCAAAAUCGCCGUCGACCUAGUUAGCUCAUUUGGUUGAGUGUCAGACCUCAGAAGGCAUAUAGGGUCCUGAAGUAACUGAUGAAAAGGUGCUUCCAUCGUUUAAAUUGUGUAAUUAAAUAUUUAGAUCUCGAUCCCUCUCAAUCAUUCAGGAUAACCACAGAAAAAUGUAGUCCUCGCAAACUUUUUUUUUUUACUUAAUCUGAAUCCGUAAAAUUUUAAAGAACCACCAGGUAUGCAACGAAACGAUUGAUAGUGACUACUUCUGGUUUGUCGCCGUCCUUAGUCUUGGGUUGAUAAUCUGAAGGGAGAGAUUCCAAGAUGGAGAUUACUUGUCUGUCUUCCUUCAGUAAUCAUAGAAGUUGCCUGUAAGCUAUGUUUGAGUAGUAGGUGAAAUGAAUUGUUUUUGACGUCGAGUGUGACUGCGGAAUAAAAAUCCUUCCAUCUCAAUUUCCUUAUACAACUUUGCAUUUCUUUUAUUGUUUUAUUUUUCCAGAUAUACGUCAAUUUGAAACAAUAUGACCACAGCCUUUACGCUAACGUAAACGACUUGAAAGCUGUGUGA